AUGACACAGGACCACACGUUGGGUGGAAGGUUCCUGAAGCCUCCUGGCUCAGUGCCCACUCUGUCUUUGCAGAGCUCCCAGGAGGACAUCAUGGAGGUGUUGGCCCUUGGAAGCGACUACACCAACUACGGGGUCAGGGUGCAGGUGCACCAGGCUGACGACAUAGUCCAAUGCCUGUCAGAGGGCGCAGCUGAGGUAACUGGGAACCUACCUGAGUCCUGCAGGCUGCAGGCCCUCCAUGAGGGCACCUUGAAGCAAGUGGCCACGUACAUGGUGCCAGCUUUCCCGGGGGAAAACCUAUCCCAUGUCUCCACCCUGGCCUUCUCCAGAGCCCAACAGUUCCUCGAAGAGCUGCUAACUAGGUCCUGUCCACCAUCCCUCAGAGCUGAUGCCAGCAAGGUGUUCUGUACCUCUGGAGGCACACCUCCUUAUAAGCACCGGGGUGACACGCCGCAGGACCAAGUCAUAAAGGCCAUUGCUUCGAUCGUGGGGACCUGGCUGGACCAUGUCCAGGAUUUGGGGCAGCCCCUGCCUUUCCCCUUGGUGGAGGCAGAGCAGGCCUUGGUGCCCAUCAACUCCCCUGCAUCACGCCUGGUGGGCCACGCCCAAAAUCUAGAGCUGGAGCAUCUUGAGCCCACCGAGGCAACCCGGGAAGGUCCACACCCGGAGAUCCAGAGCUCUCCAGAGCCAGAGGAAGGGCCUGCUCAGGGGCCAGAGCCUGGUCCAGGGAGAGGCCCCGCCCUGGCCUGGCCUGGCCUGAGGCAGUACCUCAAGCCAUUCUGGAGCCAGCUGCUGGCGGUGCUGGAAGCCUUCUCUGGGGCCGUCAUAAGCGUCCUAGGCGAUUAUCUUAAAUAACUAAUAAGAGGAAUAUGCCCACUUGUUAGUAUAUGUAUAAUAGUAAAUAAUGAUAAUUUCCAAUAAUA